UAAAAUAAUGCCGCAAUUUAAAGUCAUAUUAUUUGUUGAAAGACAUUGAUUUGAUAUAAUGUGGUAUGGAAGGACUACAUAUAUUAAUUGCCAUUUGUGCAAUUUAUUGUGCAAUAUCAUUCCUUGACUUCUUUUUUAAGAGUUGUGUCCAUUAUCCCUAUGUUGCCUUUCUACGUGGGACAGGACUACAGCCAGGAUUUUUUAAUAUAAAAUGGCACACAACAGCCUUAAAUAAGUCAAUUUCUCAAUUCAUUCGAAGUAGAUAUAAGGCCAAAGCAUUUUUACAAAUAUGGUUUACAUUUGGGUGUUGUGUUUCAGUAUGCCUUCUUCCCAUCGCUUUUAUUAUCAUAAUAAAAUCAGGUUUAAACAAAAUGUUUCCAACGCAAUUAACAAAUGAAAGUACCAAGUCAUUCACAAUGGAGCCAAUUAUUAUAGGAGUUAAUAUACCCUUUAAUCAAAUUUGGUAUUAUUGUAUAACAAUAAUAUUUUGUAGUAUUGUGCAUGAGCUUGGACAUGCCUUAGCUGCAGUCUGUGAAGAUGUUCAAAUACUUGGCGUUGGAGCUAAUGUUGUAUUUAUUAUGACCAUGGCUUAUGUUCAGUUAAAAACUGAAGCUUUAAAUAGUUUAAAUACCCUGAAGAAACUAAGAGUGCUGUGUGCAGGAAUAUGGCACAAUUUAUUUUCUGCUUUUAUUUUAUAUGUCUGUUUUAUCUCUUUACCUACAUUUUUUUCACCUUUGUAUUCUGUGAAUAUUCCUACUAUUACACAUGUAGUGCCUGGAUCUCCAUUAUAUGGAGAGAGGGGUUUGAAUAAUAAAGAUCAAAUCUUAAAAAUUAAUAAUUGUAAUGUCGACAGUACUGAUGACUGGUAUCAGUGUUUGCUUAAAUCUGCAAUAAAUAAACCUGCUUUAUGUGUGAAGACAGAUAUUGUACAUGAAUACGAUGAGUCAGUCUUAGUCCAACAUUCUAAUACUAAUGAAGUAGAAUGUUGUGAUGAAAAUAAAAAACAAAAUGCUUGUUUUGAAUAUUUGGAGCCUGUGAAUGGGAUUUUGGAAUUGCCACAACACAUGUGUUUGCCAGUGCGUACGGUUCUUGAAAACUCACAUUAUUGCGAUGAUAAUUAUAAUUGUGAAAAUGAUUACCAUUGUAUUAGACCUGUUUUGGCAAAUACAACAUCAAUAAUACAUAUUAAACGCAUAGAUAAAGAUGAUGUAAUAUAUAUUGGGCAUCCAGCUGAUUUAUUUAAAAAUGUGUUCAUUUCUAACUUUUUUCCUAAAUAUAAUUUUUUAUCUUCUAAUUUUCCAGAUAUUGUACAAAAUCUUUUGAGAUAUCUAGUAACUUGUUCUUUGGGUUUAGCUAUUGUUAAUGUUGUACCUUGCUUUUGGUUCGAUGGACAACUUAUUGUACAAACUUUAGUGAAUGAUUUUUUGGCCAAAAUGGCACGAAAACGAAGUACAAGGAAUACAAUUACUUUAUUCAUUACAACAAUUGGAACUUUUUUCAUUAUGGUAAAUUUGAUUUUAACCAUAACAGAGUAUAUAUUUUAA